UAAUGCAGUUAGUCGACUUGAAGCAGCAAGAUGCAGCAGUCUAGGAUUCUACAGAAGUUGUGCUUCUUUGUGACCAUUUGCAUCUUGGUUCCAAAUGUCCUGGGAGAUUGCAAUGAGUGUCAGACUAACGGCGUCAAGUGCAUAAAUCAAACGCAUUUCUCGUUUUGCUCGGAUUAUAUAGAUAAGUCUCAGGUGGUGGGGUGUCCUGAGGGUCAGGUGUGCACAUCCAUGAAGGCCAUCUGCUUGCCGGAAGGAGCUGAAGCAUCCUGCGCACCAACUCCUGCAGUGGAGUGCCCCGCCUGUGACGGAUCAAGUAUAUUUGUCUGCACCAGCCGCACCACCUUUCAGAUGUGCAAUGGAGAUACCCUCACCAGUCAAGUUUCAAAGUGCAAAGAGAACACUUUCUGUUCUAUAAAGUCUGGAACCAUUUGUGCUGAUCGAUGUUGGAUAGAAAACAAUCACAAUGGCUUUGAGUGCGACAGGGAGUCACCUGCUUAGAACUUGUGUCAUUUAUGUUUUCAAGGAUAAAGGGGACGUAACUUGUUUUCAUCUUGUAUCUUUUAAUGAUAUCUUAUCUUUUGUCAUUAAAGAUUGUUUGAAGAAGA